UGGGAACUCAGUAGCACUGCGCAAUACUAAUACCACAAACCUAGACCUCUAUCACGUGGAGAAAAGAACCUCUAAAGUUCUUUAAUAUUUUGAAAUUAGCAAUUGAUUGUCAGAGUCUCACAAUUAUUAUAGUUUUAAUUAACUUUAACUUUUACCUCGAAUUAAUAUGGUUCAAUUAAGUGCUGGAUUUACAAAGGUACCAAGCAGUCAAGAUGGGUACAGGGGCACAUAAAAAGAACGGAAUGGUAACCAUGGACGCAGCAGAGAUGUUACCCAUGAAACCCAAUGAAUCACCGGAAGUACAGGACACAACUGGGCAUUCUGGGAUACAUCUAAAACGGUCAUUAGGACUGUUCAAUGGGGUAGCAAUUAUAUCUGGUAUUAUAAUUGGCAGUGGUAUCUUCGUCAGCCCUAAAGGUGUCCUUCUUGAGACCGGGUCCAUCGGAUUGGCCUUGGUCGUCUGGACCCUCUCUGGAUUCUUGUGCCUCUUAGGGGCACAUUGCUUUGCAGAGCUAGGAACAUGUAUCACGAAGUCAGGGGCACAGUACGCAUACCUACAGGAAGCAUUUGGCCCCCUCAGUGCGUUCCUGUACAUGUGGAUAUUCUUACUGAUCACAGCCCCAACUGCGAACGCUAUAAUUGCGUUGACUUUUGCAGAGUACAUUGUCUACCCAUUUUUUCCGGAUUGCCAAUCCCCCGAAGUUGCCAUUCGGUUAUUGGCUGCGGGAGCAAUUGCCCUUCUGACAUUUGUGAACUGCGCCAGUGUGAAUGUUGCUACCAAGGUUCAGAACGUCUUCACAGUCAUCAAGAUAUUGGCACUUUGUACUGUGAUCUUUACUGGACUCGUGCAGUUGAUUAGAGGUGAGACGAAGCACUUCGACAAUGCAUUUGAAGGCUCCAACACUAAUCCUGGAUCUAUCGCUCUUGCAUUCUACUCAGGCCUGUUCAGCUAUUCAGGAUGGUAUUCGUUAAACUUUCUCACGGAGGAGUUAAAGAAUCCCUAUCGUAACUUGCCAUGGGCAAUAUGGAUCUCAUUACCGUUGGUGACAGUCAUAUACGUACUGGCCAACGUUGCAUAUUUUACAAUACUGACGCCUGCAGAAAUACUUGGCUCGGACGCUGUAGCUGUGAGCUUUGCGAUGAAGAUGUUUGGAAUGAUGGCUUGGGUGAUGCCUGUGUUUGUGGCCUGUUCCACAUUUGGCAGCUUGAAUGGCUGCAUCAUGUCCGUAUCUCGCCUCUUCUUUGUCGGGGCAAGAGAGGGUCAACUCCCAGAAGCCCUUGCUCUGAUCAGUCUCAACACUUACACUCCGAUACCAUCUCUCAUGUUUGAGUGUACGAUGUCUCUAUUUUACCUUGGUGUUCAGGAUAUCUUCAUGUUGAUCAACAUCUGCAGCUUUGUGGAAGCAUUAGUAGCAGGUGUUUCAGUAGCCGCAUUGCUUUACUUGCGCUAUAGUAAACCAAAUCUCAAGAGGCCCAUUAAGGUUAACCUUGCGGCGCCGACUAUAUUUUUGAUAAUCUCUGUAUUCCUAGUGGUGAUCCCAAUAGUCUUGACGCCACAAGACACAUUGUACGCUGUCAUUGUUAUUAUAACUGGUAUACCAGUGUAUUGGAUAUUUAUUCUCUGGAAGAAAAAACCCAAAGUUAUUAGACGGCUUAAUCAAAAAUUUACGAUCCUUGUACAACGAGCCAUUAUGGGUGUACCCGGCGAAGAAUAUAAACUUGACUAGCAAUUAGGAUAGUGUCACAAAUGACCACACUUUCUAGAUGUUAUAAAAACACAAUGCUUGAUCACCAUCAUUAAUGCUUCGUCGUUGGAGUUGUCUCACUGACUCGUAUAGAUGGCAAUUCACACAUGGGUCACGCGUUUUGGGACUUCGUGUUGCACUGUAUGGAACAUAUACUAGACUGAGUUACCUGGAGAUGUUUAAGUAACAGUGUGUGAAUACUAGUAGUCAGUACUUACAUGUUUGUGGUUGCUGAUUCAUUUAGGUUGAGUUUGCUCAAUGUGUAAUUGUUAUACUAUGUUCUAUAGAAUUAAUAAUUUCAUUUUGAAAAGUGCUCAAAUUCUUUGAUGGAAGUACAUAGUUAUUGUAUCGUUUCUAUGUAAAAUGUCAUGGCAGCUUUUCAUCAUAAUUGUGCAUGUGGUUGUCGUCAACAUAAUCUUUAAAAUGAUUGAACACCUGCAUCAUCAGUAUGUAACAGUGACACAAGUAAAAAUAGCAGAAAUGAUGGCGUGAUGUAUAUAGGAUCCCAAAUGGUGGGUCAGAAAUGCAAGAUGUUGUAGUAUUUUCUCAGAUAAAAAUAUAUUACGGGGUCUUCUUAAAUACAUGUAUAUGUAAGAGAGGAGAAUGCAAAAUACCCUUCAUUGAACCCAUUGUGAAAAAUGUCUAAUUCUGUAGUUCAGUCUUCAGAAAGUGUAUGUAUUAAAAUAGUAAAUAAAACAGGGUGUUAUAACAUCACUACAAUUUCCUCAUACAGCCCAGUGUGCCAAUGUAUUAAAUGUAAUACUAACUACAAAGUGAAAUUAUGUAUAUAAUCUAGAUUGAAGCUUACACUUACAAAGGUAGCUAAAUAUAUAUGUACCUAAGAUGAUGUAAAUUAAAAUAUUUUGGUAGAUACAAAUUUACAUGUAGCCUUAUUUAUGAAUUCCAAAACAAGUGGGAGAAAAACACUGAAAGUAUUAUACAUCAACUUGUCAAAUUGUUUCAAACGAUGUAAUUAUUUUAUGUAUAGCAAGAAAAAUGCAUGCAUUUGUUGUGUGAUGAUGUAAUAAAUUGAGGAAUAUAUUAUACACAAAAUUAAUUACUUAAGUUGUUUUCAUGAUUUUAUGAGGCCAUAAGCCUC